AUGUCGUCAAAUGGCACAGUGCCUGAGAGAUCUAGGAACCAAGGGAGGGUUUAUGACCGUGUUCCAGUAGACUCCUCCUAUCAAGAUGGUACAAUGAGGACACUGCAGAGUCUUCGAGACAGUGAAUUAGCUGUGAGUGCAGAUCCUUUGCCUCCUCCACCUCUCCCCUUACAGCCACCAUUUGGCCCUGACUUUAAUUCAAGUGACGCAGAAGAACCAGCUCUAGCCCCAGAUAUCAAACCUGUAAGGAGGUUUGUUCCAGACUCUUGGAAGAACUUCUUUAAGGGGAAAAGAAAUGACCCAGAAUGGGACCAGCCCGUGUCUGAGAUUAGGUAUAUUUCCGAUGGUGUUGAGUGUUCCCCACCAGCCUCACCAGGAAGAUCGAAUCAACCCAGCUCCCAUAAAGAUCCAUACAGAGAAUCAAGUGGCACUUACAGUUCACGAAAAGAAACAGAAGCGUUUCUUCCUCAGGAUCCAUAUGGAUCUCUAGGACGCCACACACAGACGGCCCUGACUUACAGCGAGAAGGUGGAAGAGUACAACCAGAGAUACUCCUACAUGAAGUCAUGGGCAGGACUGCUGAGAAUUCUUGGGGUUGUGGAGCUGCUUUUAGGGGCCGGUGUCUUUGCUUGUGUCACAGCCUAUAUACAUAAGGACAAUGAAUGGUAUAACCUGUUUGGAUACUCCCAGCCGUAUGGGAUGGGCACGGGUAGCCUGGGCAGCACGUACGGAGGCUACUACUACAAUGGCCCUAAGACCCCCUUUAUACUUGUUGUUGCUGGACUUGCUUGGAUUGCAACCAUUAUCGUUCUAGUUCUUGGCAUGUCCAUGUAUUAUCGAACCAUCCUUUUGGACUCCAGUUGGUGGCCUUUAACCGAGUUUGGAAUUAAUGUCUCCCUCUUCAUUUUGUACAUGGCUGCAGCCAUUGUCUAUGUAAACGAUACCAAUCGAGGUGGACUCUGCUAUUAUCCUUUAUUUAACACACCUAUAAAUGCAUCGUUUUGCCGAGUAGAAGGAGGACAAAUCGCAGCAAUGAUAUUUUUGUUCGUCACAAUGAUUGUUUAUCUCAUUAGUGCGAUAGUUUGCCUAAAAUUAUGGAGGCAUGAAGCAGCAAGGAGGCAUAGAGAGUAUAUGGAACAACAAGGGAUAAGUGAACCCUGUAUUCCAUCCAAAAGAACAAUGCAUGAAGUGCCUACAAGUGAUGAGAGACAAAGAGACUUAGAAGUUAAUUUCAAAGAAUUGAGAGCAACAAAAAUAAAGCCUGAACUGCUUAGUGGACAUAUCCCAUCAGGACACAUUCCUAAGCCCAUAGUGAUGCCAGAUUAUGUAGCAAAGUACCCUGUAAUUCAGUCAGAUGAUGAACGAGAACGCUAUAAAGCUGUGUUCAAAGACCAGUUUUCAGAAUAUAAAGAGCUGUCUGCUGAAGUCCAAGCAGUCCUCAGAAAGUUUGAUGAGUUAGAUGCAGUGAUGAGCAAAUUGCCACAUCACUCGGAAAACAGACAGGAACAUGAAAGAAUUUCAAAAAUUCUUCAAGAAUUUCAGAAGAAAAAGAAUGAUCCUACCUUUUUGGAAAAAAAGGAACGUUGUGAAUACCUGAAGAAUAAACUUUCUCACAUAAAACAAAGAAUUCAGGAAUAUGAUAAAGUGAUGAAUUGGAAUAUACAAGGUUUUUCCUAA